CUGCACAAUCCCGCCCUCCCUCUUGAAUGCUCCCCUCGUGGUCUGCGCGUGCCUUACAGAGAGGGACUAGUGGGGUGUUGCAUCCACUCUUUCACUCCGGUCCUCAGCUGCCUAUAAAGCCGUCGUUGGCCGCUUGCGCCAUCAGAGCCUACUCUCUUUCGAGCUCGCAAGCAGCAUCACACUUACAAAGGGCUGAUAGAAGAGCCGCCAUCCGCAGGAUACCGCGACUUGCAAACACAUACCCUAUCGGGCUCCAGAAGAGACAUUGUUCCAGCGAAGCAUCCAGCACUUUGCUCAAGAUGGCGUCCGAUCGUGACAUUCUCCCGGCUGACGUCAAGCCGAUCAACUACGCCAUCUCCCUCUUCGAUCUCAAGGCCGGUGAGCCCUGGACAUACCAAGGCACCGUCGACAUCGACCUCAACAUCAAGAAAGCCACCAAAUCAAUCACAAUCAACACCGUCGACACCAAGAUCCACUCCGCCUCCGUGACGACCGAGAGCGGCAAGAAUGCCUCGUCCAUCAAGGCCUCCAACACCUCCUACGACACCACCAACCAGCGAUGCACCUUCACCUUCGAUCAAGAUCUCCCCGAGUCGCCCAAGGCCGUGCUGCACAUCUCCUUCGAGGCCGUGAUGAACAACCACUUGGAAGGCUUCUAUCGCUCGCGCUACAAGCCGACCGUCCCCGCGUCCAAGGGCGUUGCGAGGGACAGCGACAACCACUACAUGUUCAGCACGCAGUUCGAGUCCUCCUCUUGCCGCCGCGCCUUUCCCUGCUUCGACGAGCCCAACCUCAAGGCCACCUUCGAUUUUGAGAUUGAGAUUCCCGAGGACUUGACCGCCCUGUCCAACAUGCCUGAGAAAGAGACGCGCAAGAGCAAGACGGAGGGCCACAAGAUUGUGUCUUUUGAUCGAUCGCCCGUCAUGAGCACCUAUCUGCUUGCGUGGGCAUUCGGUGACUUCGAGUAUAUCGAGGACUUCACGAGGAGGAAGUACAACGGCAAGAACCUGCCCGUCAGGGUGUAUACAACAAGAGGGUUGAAGGACCAGGGUCGUUUGGCGCUCGACAGCGCACAUCGCGUCGUGGACUACUUCUCUGAGAUCUUCCAGAUAGAUUAUCCCCUGCCGAAGGUGGAUAUGCUGGCUGUUCAUGAAUUUGCUGCUGGCGCAAUGGAGAACUGGGGUCUCGUCACCUAUCGUACCACCGCCAUCCUCUACGACGAAUACACGUCCGAUCAAAAGUACAAGAACCGCAUCGUGUACGUUGUCGCUCACGAACUGGCACAUCAAUGGUUCGGUAACCUCGUGACUAUGGACUGGUGGAGCGAGCUCUGGCUCAACGAAGGAUUCGCCACUUGGGUCGGCUGGUAUGCCGUGGACCACUUGCAUCCUGACUGGAACGUCUGGGCGCAAUUCGUCACCGAGGGCAUGCAAACGGCGUUCAACCUGGACAGCUUGAGGACGAGCCAUCCGAUCGAAGUGCCAGUGAAGAACUCGCUCGAGGUCGAUCAGAUCUUCGAUGCCAUCAGCUAUCUGAAGGGAAGCUCGGUGAUUCGCAUGUUGGCGGCGCAUCUCGGACCAAAAGUCUUCCUCCAGGGUGUGUCGGACUACCUCCACAAGCACAAGUACAGCAAUGCAAAGACCAGCGACCUCUGGGAUGCGCUUAGCAAGGCUUCAGGGCAGGACGUCACGGCUUUCAUGGACCCAUGGAUUCGCAAGAUUGGUUUCCCGGUUGUCACCGUCGCCGAGGAGCCGGGUCAGAUCAGCGUGAAGCAGUCUCGCUUCCUCACGUCGGGUGAAGUGCAGCCGGAUGAAGACGAGACCGUCUGGUGGAUUCCCAUUGGACUGAAGACUGGCCCGCAAGCUACCGAUGCCAAACGCGAGGCUCUGACGGAGAAGACUUACACGUACCGCGAUGUGGACACGAGCUUCUACAAGAUCAAUGCGGAUCAGACUGGUUUCUACCGAACCAACUUGCCGCCACAGCGCCUUGUGGAGCUUAGCAAGUCGCUCGACAAGCUGAGCGUAGAGGACAAGAUUGGACUGAUCGGUGACGCCGGGGCUCUUGCUGUUGCGGGCGAAGGCACUACAGCCGCCGUGCUCUCUUUCCUUGAAGGCUUCUCCGUCGAGGACAACUACCUCGUGUGGUCAGAGGUCAUCACUACGUUGAGCAAAAUCCGCUCCACUUUUGCCUCUGAUGCGCAAGUAUCAGAGGGCCUGCGUGCAUUCACGCUCAAGCUGGCUUCCGCAGCGACGGACAAGAUUGGCUGGGAAUUCGCACAAAACGACGACUUCCUUACCGGGCAGCUUCGCGCUCUGCUCCUGCAAGUUGCUGGUCUCGCGGGCCACGAGUCCACGAAGACCGAAGCUCAGAAGCGCUUCAAAGCGUUCGUCGGCGGAGACAGCAAGGCCAUCCAUCCGUCCUUGCGCUCGGCAGUGUUCAGGAUCAACGUCAAGUUUGGCGGCGAGGAGGCGUACAAAGCGCUUCGACACGAGUACAACACUACCACCUCGGCCGACGGCAAGGAAAUCUGCCUGCAAUCCAUGGGCCAAGUGCAGACAACCGAACUGGCAAGGGAGCACCUGGCCUUUGCCUUCUCCGAUGUGGCCACUCAAGACGUCCACACCGUCGGCGGCAGCCUUGCAGCGAACUCGCAGGUGCGCGAUGAAGUGUGGAAGUACACCAAGGAAAACUGGGCGGCGAUCCACGAGCGCUUGGGCGGCAACCCCGUGGUCCUGGAGCGCUUUUUGCGCAUGGGUCUGCAGCGUUUCACGUCGCUUGAGACGCAGAAGGAGAUCGAGGCAUUCUACAAGGACAAGGAUACUCGUGGCUUUGAUCGUGGUUUGGCGGUUGUUGGCGACACGAUCACGGGCAAUGCCAAGUAUCUCGAGCGGGAUCUGGAGGUCGUGCGGGAGUGGUUGAAGGCGCAUGGAUAUGUGCAGUAGAGCAUGCAUGCUCGGGCAAAAGCGUGUGGUUGACAGGAGUGCAAUAAAAGAAAUCGCAUAGAAUAACCUCAUGCAGUGAGGAGUGGUGGCCAUAGCUCCAGCCUCGGUCCCAUGCUCAUGACUAAGCAUCGCGUCCACGACAUCACCACCUGG